UAGUGGGAUCGUCCGAGCGCAGCCGCAGACACCGGUCCGGUACUCGGUGCUGCUGACCUCUCCCUGUCCGCUUCUGGAUAUGAGAUGUGUUCUCUCUCUGUGAGCUUGGCCUUGAUUUAAUACGGCGUCGGACAAUAGUGCAGAGGACGCAGCGGAGAUCCUAACAGAGCAUGUCCACCAUGGUUUAUCCACAUGAAGAGAGACGAGAGAAGCCGACGCAGGAGGAUAUCAUCUCCAGCACUAAACUGGUGAUCCAGGGUCUGGAAGCUCUCAAGAGUGAGCACAACUCCAUCCUGGAGAGUCUGGUGGAGACCAUCCAGUGCUUAAAGAAAGAUGAGGAGGCCAGUUUGGUUCAUGAGAAGUCCAGCCUGCUGCGCAAGUCUGUGGAGAUGAUUGAGCUGGGCCUGGGGGAAGCACAGGUGAUGAUGGCCCUGUCCAACCACCUGAACGCAGUGGAGUCCGAGAAGCAGAAGAUGCGUGCUCAGGUGCGACGGCUCUGUCAGGAGAACCAGUGGCUGAGAGAUGAGCUAGCCAACACCCAGCAGAAGCUGCAGAAGAGCGAACAGAGCGUCGCACAGCUGGAGGAGGAGAAGAAACAUCUGGAGUUCAUGAACCAGCUCAAGAAAUACGAUGAUGGGGUCUCUCCAGAGGAAGAGAAAAAUAGUGAGACUCCCAGAGAUGGCCUGGACGAUUUGUUUCCCAAUGAUGAAGACGACCAGGUCUCACACCGGCACAACAGCGCCGCGCUUGCUGCCGCUCAGCAGGGAGGGUACGAGAUCCCAGCGCGCCUCAGGACCCUCCAUAACCUGGUGAUCCAGUACGCCGCUCAGGGACGCUACGAGGUGGCCGUGCCUCUCUGCAAACAGGCUCUGGAGGACCUGGAGAAAACCUCUGGACAUGACCACCCCGAUGUGGCCACCAUGCUCAACAUCCUGGCUCUGGUCUACAGGGACCAGAAUAAAUACAAGGAAGCUGCUCAUCUCCUUAAUGACGCCCUGUCAAUCAGAGAAAAGACCCUGGGCAAUGACCACCCAGCCGUGGCAGCCACCCUCAACAACCUGGCGGUGCUGUACGGAAAGAGAGGAAGAUACAAGGAAGCAGAACCGCUGUGCAAGAGAGCCUUGGAGAUCAGAGAGAAGGUGUUGGGGCGGGAGCACCCAGACGUGGCCAAGCAGCUCAAUAAUCUGGCUCUGCUCUGUCAGAAUCAGGCCAAGUAUGACGAGGUGGAGUAUUAUUACUGCAGGGCUCUAGACAUCUACGAGAAAAAACUGGGACCCGACGACCCCAAUGUGGCCAAGACCAAAAACAACCUGGCCUCAUGCUAUCUGAAACAGGGCAAGUACAAGGAAGCUGAGAUCCUGUACAAAGAGAUCCUGACGCGCGCCCACGAGAAAGAGUUUGGAUCUGUAGAUGCUGAGAAUAAACCCAUCUGGAUGCACGCUGAGGAAAGACAAGAGAGCAAAGGAAAGUUGGCAGAUGGGAAUCAUCAUGGGGAUUACGGCGGCUGGUACAAGGCCUGCAAGGUCAACAGCCCCACGGUGAACACCACGCUGAAGAACCUGGGCGCUCUGUACCGUAAGCAGGGGAAAAUAGAGGCGGCUGAGACCCUAGAGGAGUGUGCCAUGAGGUCCCGAAGACAGGGAGCGGCAGUGGAUCCUCAGAGAGAUGGAGAGAGGCGCAGGAGCACUGCAUCGAUCUCCAGCGUGAAGUACGACUGCAGCAGUGACGUUGGAGAAGAGGGCAGUGUGGAGUGGAAUGGGGCCUAAGCUCUCCUCAUCUUCCUCUGUCUGCUCUUACAUCAGAUCUGAUGUAAAUGGAUUGCUCUCUUCUGGGUGGAGUGUGUGUGGAGAGAAGCCCAGCACAGCUUUCACUCUCCCAAAGGCUGAUGGGAUAUCGUCUUACAUUUCCUGUGUCUUCUUGCUCUCUCUUUCUCUGAUUCUUCCAAACACGGACUGAUGUGUUGCUCCUCUGUUGUUCUCUGCGAUGUCUGUUUUCGUGUCUGCGUUGUUAACUGUGUUACACUGGUUUAUAAUCUGUAAUAUACAACCUCAGUGAGACACACGUUUGAAACCCAUGAACGGGACGAAUGAAAAGAAAUUAGUUAGGCACAUCUCUGCUCCAUAAUGUCGAGAAAAUCCCCAACAUCGUUUCAGUAAUGUGAUAAAAAUGAUAUGUUAUGGUAAAUGGGAAACUCUUUUCAAAUGUUUGGGUCUGUAUGAUUGUUUUAUGUUUUUGAAAAGAAAGAAGUCACUUAUUCUUUCCAAGGCUGCAUGUAUUUGAUCAAAAAUACAGUAAAACAGUGAAAUAGUAUUACAAUAUAAUAUAUAAUGUUACUAUCUCUUAAACUGUAAUUUAUUCCUGUGUUUGAAGCUGUAUUUUCAGCAUCAUUACUGCAGUCUUCAGUGUCACAUGAUCUUCAGAAAUCAUCUAAAUAAUAAGAAACAAUAAAUAAAAAAUGUGCACGAUAUUCUAAUUAAAUCCCUCUAUGUACGUAAUUCGUUCUCGUGAUUUAAAAGUCUCACAAUUCAGCAAAUCAAGGGAAUUAAUUAGUAAAUCAUACACAUAAUUUAUGGCAUGCAGGAAAAAGUUGCAAGCUAAAUUAUGUGCAUGAUUUACUAAUUAGUUUCCUUGAUUUUCUAAACUGUUAGGCUCUGUACUAAUAUGACGAUUCGCUGCUCACGAAACAUUUCUGAUUAUUAUCAAUGUUAAAAACCAAAUAUUUGUGGGAAUCAUGAUAUAAUUUUCAGGAUCCCUCGAAGAAUACAAUGUUCAAAGAACAGCAUUUUAUUUCAAAUAUAAUAUUUUACUUUGUUGCUUUGAUCAGUGUACUCUUUCUCAAUCAAAAUACUCAUUACGAUAAAUGAAUGAAAUAAUUGUACUGACCCUAAACGUUUGACUGGUUUAACUACAGAACAAAUCAUAAUAAUAAUUCAAUAUACUGUUGUGUUAACUUGUGCUAUAUUUAAUUCCUGUUAUUUAGCAGAUAUCUCUGUUAAUAAACACACAGGUGCACAUUGUUCUGGCCAACUCUCUUAAAUUAAUGUUUAAUCUAGCAAACGGGAAAGUGUAUAUGGAAAUACAAUGGAGUCUGCUGAUCAUUUGCCAUUCUGUACCAAUUGCAUUUAUUUCCCAAGUCACAACAAUUGAAAGGUUAAAUUGGAAAACCUACAUAAAUUUCCCAAACAAACAAAUGUCUACGGUUUUAAAAACAACACAAGGGCGAGAAAAUGACUUAAAAAUCACAAUUUCAUGCUAGUGAUUUAAAAGUAGUGCAGAAUUUAAAGACUUCUUCUUCAUUUUCCUUCAUGUAUUUUCUUAGUUGUACAUUUAUAUCUUCGUUUUCACAUUUUAUGGUCUCAAACCUUUGGACCCUGUUACAUAACUCCUUGUUAUAGCACAGUUUAGUUAUCUUUAUUUUAUAAAACUUUUAAAACACUUGAACUAAGUCUAUUAUUUUCCCGCUCAUAGUGAUGUUCAGUUUUAGUUGACGUGUAUGGCAGGGUAUGUGUCGAGUAGACUAAACUCAUUCUUCAUUGGCUUUAGACUUUAAGAAAGGUCAAAAGUUCAGCCAGAUUCUGCUCAGUCUGUCAACAGUGAGCUUCUUCAGAAACUGAAGCUGAACCCUUCAUCUUUGAGUGUAUUACAGUAGGUGUUGACUAUUGACGAUUGAUGAAUUAGUGUCACUGUAUUCCACUGACUGCAGAUUCAUGGGAUGUGUAUAUAUAUAUCUGGCUCUUUCUGCACGCUGAUGUAUGUCUCCAUUAAGCUGAUCUGACAUCUAACCCAAUAAAGGCUUGGAGUCGGUG